AUUACUAUUUAUAAAUUUUUAAAGUUGAUUAUAAUUGUAUUUAUUAUAAUUAAUAAAUAUGUAUACCAUGUAAAAAACUUAUAAAAGUGGUUUAAGUAAAAAAGUUUAAGAGCUUGUAUGUAACAUUUAUUUUUAAUACAUACGUUGUUGCUCAUUUUAUCAUAUCAUUAAUUCAGAUAAUUCAGUAUAAUUAUUAAACACUUUUUACGACAUACAUAGAAUAGUUCUGCGUAUGCCAGCACAUACGUGUAACGUUAAAAGUUACCUACAUAUACGGUUUCUGUCUCACUUUUUCAAUGUUCCUACCACUUAUUGAGAAGAUAUGUGAACAGCAAUAUAGUAGUAUCACAUAUAUGGCGCUAAUCGAUGCGCGUGCUCAAUAGCGGAUUUCUACUUUACGCAGCGCUCCGAUACUUGGGCGCGCUACAUAGUUGCACGAUAAAGGCUUUUAUUUCAACGAAUCACGAGACUCAUGGCGACGUGAUCGCGAUAAAUAACGCACAAGUCCACGCCAGACCACCAUGAAUCAGGCACGCCCCCAUUCGGCUUCGAUUAUCCGACGUAGCUUUCAGUCGUCGGACUUCGCAAUCGCGUUAACUCUUCUUUUUCUCUCGCGUUAUUUUCCAAGUUUGAAUAUCACAAAUUUUCGAAAAUAUGUAAACCAGAUUUACAUCCACGUUUCGCGUCUCUUCGCUUUCAAGCAAGUGACAAUUGAUCAUUAUAAAACAAACGUGUUCUCCAUUUGAUCGACCAUUUGCGAGACGGCGAAGCCAUGCUCGGUCUUUCGGUGUUGCGUCGCAAAAUCGUGUUAUACGUUAUCCUGUCAUCCGGAUGUUCCGCCGCUUUUGAGAAACACUGGCUUCCGGAUCUGGAAUGGCAAACCGCGAGCAACUGGGCGGACGGCCGCGUUCCGGAAAUCGAUAAUCGCGUCAUUUUUCCUCAGCAGACUCGACACGCGGUGGGUAUCGCCGCAGCCAACGAUCUCAUGCUAUCAGGAAUAGAUUUGCCCCGGCAAGGAUCGUUGGUCCUACCCCGAAACGGUAAAUUGCAGUUGAGCAAUUCGAGGGCGAGCGCAAAGGUCAAGAGGUGGUCGAAAGAGGGCAACUUCUUCUGGGCCGAUCCGGCAAAUUGGAAUGGCAGUUCAGUUGCGGCGCCGCAUCUCGAACGUGUUCCGUGCCGCCGGAACGACGUGGUCCUGCCGAGCGCGAGCCGCACUUUGAGCGUCCUCCUGCCCGUGAGGCAGAUAGAGGUCAGAUCGAUUCGGCUGUCGAAUGAGGAGGAGCCGUUUCCCAAGUGGGAAUGGGAGAGUUUCCGGGAUCGCAGGGAGUUCUCCAGAGGCAGAUUCACCGUCAAGUACACCGAGUACAGUUGCACAAACUGUUUCUGCCAGGCGGAUUCCCAGAGCGACUACCUCGAGGAAAUUUGCGCCAUUCAGAGGCCACGAUGCGGAUUCACCGGCUGCCAGUAUCCUCUUACGGUCGAAGGUCACUGCUGCCCGUACUGCGGGGGACGCGUUUUCAUAUCGAAGAAAGCGAUCUCCUUAGUGAUAGUGCAGGCCGCGGCGGACGAAGCCUUGGAAUCGUAUGCGAAGAAGCUCGCCUGGUACGUCAGACGCACUUGGAACGGAGGUGUAGAGGUCCUCGUGAAAGAAAAAGGAGACUACUCCGGGAUAACGAUAGACGAAGCGGUGGAGAACUUGAAGGAGACGUUGCAGAGGACAGGAAUUGACGUGACGAGCACGGAAACCGCGGGUGCAGCUAUGAAGGAUUCUCGAUUGGCCGUUACACUCGGACCGCUCUUCGGGACGCCCCUCGUUAUAAUCGCCCUUCUCUUGCUGGCCUUCCUAUACUUCGGUUAUUCUUUGGGGCAAGUCCUCUCGGGAUGUAUGGAAGCUGUUUCAUCCGUGCGAGAUGGAAUUCGAACGGACAAGAAGUAUGGUUUCGCUCGUUUCGAGAACGUUCCCGAAGGCAACGUUCAGAUUGCUGACGUUCCGGGAAUCAGCAGACGGGAGGCCGAUAAUGAUGUUGAGGAAAUAACGCAGACCACGGGUGGCAGGUUCGAAAAUCCCCUGUACAGGUCCAAGAGGGAUAAGGCGGAGGAACAUAAGAUUCUUGACAUCGAUGCGCCCCUCAGUCUCGCCACUCUUAAGGGCAAGAUAGAUGACCAACUGGAAUCAGAGGAAAUGGACACCGAAGAAUAAAUGUGCAGUUGUAACAUGUCAUGUUAUAUUAAUCAAUUUUUAUCCUAAUUGUAAAAAUAAUCAAUUUGCAAUUGUAACACAUUAUAUAAAUUUUUGAAACUUUCUGAUUACUGCAUAAGAUUUAUCAUUUCUCUAUAAUAAUUUCAUUUCAAGUAAAGAAUUUUUCUUUAAAUACGAAAUAUAAAUUAAAGUCGAUAAUAACUUCUUAUAAUUGAUCAAAAUGACUGCUUGCAAUUAUUAAAUCCUGUAAAAUGAUAAAUCCUUUAUAUAUAAUAAAAUAUUAUUAUACCGAGAAGAAAGAAAUAUUUCUUCGAGAGGAAAGAUAACACACGUAGAGUUUCGCUUGCACAAUAUAUACGAUACAUACAAGCAGAUCACAUAAAGUGCACAAUGUUAGUUCACAAGUAUUUAUUUCUUAUUGUCGGACAACAUCCAUUCGAAACUAUAGCAUUGCGUGUUACAUCAACUACGUGGCGUUGUACAUGUUAUGCGCACACGUAAAUUCGACAUCGCAUAGCUAAUAGAAUAUAUAUUUGUGUAUAUAUAUAUAUAUAUAUAUCUUUGUUAAUAUAUAUAUGGACUCUCUGGAUAAAUAUAGACGCCAAGUACACGAUAUUCAGACGCAUAUAACUCUCGCAUGGGAAGUAAAUGAAUAGAUCGUGAUAAUGAGAAUCGUGAUAGCGAUAAAUGUAUCGUAACAGAUAACGACGCGAUUUCUUUCAUCGUUGAACAUUGGAUUCGUUCAUAAAAUAUAUAUGUAUAUAUAAUUUGUAUAUAUAUAUAUAUAUAUAUAUAUAAUAUUAAUAUAUAUCAUAUUUAUAAAGCUUUAUUCAUAGAAUAUAUUAAACUCUGUUUUCGGUAAAAAUUGUUUCUCUGUUGCUUUGUACAGGUAAUAUAAUUUUCUGUAUCGUAUAUAUGCACACGUGCCGCACGCGUGCACGUGACGACUAAAAUCGAAAUAUUUGU